AUGACUACCUCGACCUCGGAUCCGGUGCCCAAGGACAAGCUGCGGCCGCUGUCCAGUGCCACCAAUCUCACCGACUUCACACACUCGACUGUCGAGCCUGAGUCGGAACUGGCCUCGGAUGGAGAAUAUGAUGACCUCGAAGUACAAAGCCUCUCGCCGAGCAUGUACGAGAACGAGAAGAAGUACGGUCGCACCUACCACAGCUUUCACGCCGGAGCCUACCCAUUCCCAAAUGACGAGCCAGAGAAAUACCGCUUGGACUGGCAACAUGCCAUUAUUAAAUGUCUUCUGCACAGACGGAACUACUUCGCACCGCUCAAGCCAAAGAAGCCAAAGAGAAUGUUGGACAUUGGCUGUGGCACCGGAAUCUGGUGUUUUGAGAUGGCUGCCGAAUUCCCAAACUGCCGGGUUGAAGGCAUUGACUUGACACCGAUCCAGCGAAAAAUAUCCUACACAAACAUCGAUUUCUACAUGGAAGACAUCCUCAGCCCAACAUGGUGGUAUCCCAAAGAAGAACCUUAUAUAUACGACUACAUCCACACACGCAUGUCCCUCGGCAUCUUCAACGACUUUCGAGAAAUUAUACAGAAGAGUUAUAACAACCUGAGACCUGGCGGGUGGAUGGAAUCUCAGGAAUGGUUUUCAAAGCUCCAAUGUGCCGACGACAUGCCCGAAGACUAUCCGCUCAAAGAGUGGUCAGAAUUAGCAGACAAGGCAGCACACAAACUCGGUCGACCAUUACGCAUCGCAGACAAGCUGAAGAGGUGGUACAAAGAAGCUGGUUUCGUCGAUGUACAUGAGGAGGUUUUUGCUAUCCCCGCCAAUCAAUGGCCAAAAAGCGAUCGCGAGAAAAUGCUUGGCAAGUAUUGUAGCUGGAAUUUGAUGUUGGGUUUGCAAGGAUGGUCGCUUGAAUACUUUGUCACUGGCUUGGGCUGGACACCAGCCGAAGUCGAGGUCUAUCUCGCGCAUGUGAGGAACUCGAUUGUUGACGAGAACGUACAUGCCUAUUACAAUUUCUACGUAGUAUGGGGUCGUAAGCCUUUCGACGACGAACCUGGCAGCACUACACCAAAACCGCACCACUGGCCACAGCCUCCUGGCGAUGACGACUCCAUCCGUUGGUCGAUGAGAGAGUCCGAAGAUGCGUAA